GUUUAUACCCCAAUAAUUUGAGACAUUUUGAUUGGUAUUUCCGAAACUUUUGGGAUGUGUGGUUAUAGAGUGAGAGAAAAGAGUUAUGUCAUCAAGCAUUUUGAAUCGAGUAUAAAGAGGGGAGAGAUGGUAAGUAGGGGUUCUCAUACCAAACCUCAAAACCAUUGACCAAUGGAUGUUGAGAAAGUUUUCCACAUGAAUGGUGGACUUGGUGAUAAUAGCUAUGCACAAAAUUCAUCUCUUCAGAAAAAGGCUUCAGAUAUGGUAAAGCAUAUAACCCUCAAAACCUUAGAAGAAACCUACAUCUCCACCACACCAAAAAGCCUCGGCAUAGCCGAUCUCGGCUGUUCUUCCGGCCAAAACACACUAUCAACCAUACAAGAUAUGGUGGAAGCCAUCGACAAAGCCACCGGUAAACUGCCCAACACCCCACCACCGGAGUUCCGCAUCCACCUCAACGAUCUUCCAACCAACGACUUCAACGCCACAUUCAAAAUACUCCCUGAUUUCCACCAAGCAUUAAACCACCAAAGGCGUCACCGGAGCUCCAACCACGAUUCAAGCGUAUACAUCGCCGGUUAUCCGGGUACUUUCUACGGGAGACUGUUUCCCGACAAGUGUUUGCACUUCAUUUACUCUUCUUACAGUUUGCACUGGCUCUCCAAGGUUCCUCCGGGAUUGUAUGACAAUAAUGGAAAGUCGAUUAACAAAGGAGGUCGUAUGGUGUUGAUUCUAUUAGGAAGGAGAGAUCGAAGCCAUGUUGAUAGGGGAAACUCAUUUCUUUGGGAACUUCUUUCACGAUCAUUCGCCAACUUAGUUUCUCGGGGAGAAGUUAAGCAAGAAAAACUUGAUGGGUAUGAUUCACACUUCUAUGCACCAUCAAGGGAUGAAUUAGAGGAGGAAGUAAGGAAAGAUGGAUGUUUUAAAAUGGAACUUUUUGAAAUGUUUGAAAUCGAACGAAACUCAGGAGCUUAUAUGAGCCAUGGAACUGCAGUGGCCAGGACUGUUAGGGCGAUUCAAGAAUCGAUGAUUUCCCAUCAUUUUGGAGAAGAGAUUCUUGACUAUUUGUUUGAGAAUUAUGGGAAAUUGAUUGAUGAAGAAAUGGGUAUAGAAGAUAUUAAGCCCAUAAGUUUCAUUACUGUUCUUAGAAAAUUAUGAUUUGGAUAUAUAAACGUACGUCAUGCCGUAUAGGUAUUGUUGUGUAAAUACAUCCAUGAAUUUUCCUUAUUUUCUUUUUAAAACUUAUAUGUAUGUAAGGAGUUAUGUCUAAUAAGGGUAUUAAUUAUAAGGGUCGUAUAUGUAAUAUUUAUAAUAUAUGCACUCACAUUAUAAAAUUAAAGAAAUGAUUUGUGUAUACGAGUGACGCGUAACGUUUUAAUUGCCAUAAAUAUAAUGC